AUGACUGCUCCAAGAACCGUGCCGGUCUACCACUACUUCGACCUUGGCCGCCUGGGCCGCGGAGAAGUAGUCAAGCUGUUCCUCAUGGACGCGGGAAUCGACAUCAAAGAGGUUCGCUAUCCAUACGACGAGACCUGGUCCGAGAACAGUAAGAAGCUCCAGCAGCGGGGGCUCACCCGGACACGCAAACUGCCGACACUGGAGUACCAGGACUUGAUUCUCAGCCAGCACAUUCCCAUCUUGCGUUUCUUUGCCCGGGACCUAGGUCGCUACGAUGGCGAAACCAAUGCCGAGAAAUUCUUGGUUGAUGCGGUGUCGGAUAUUUAUAUCGACUGGAGGUCCCAAUGGGUGGCGAAUCUGACGGAAAAAUCGGACAAGUACAAGAAUGAGGUUGCCCCUGAGUACUAUAACCUUCUUGAUCAGUACUACAGGGACCAAGCUGGCCCUUACCUGCUGGGCAACUCGGUGACCUAUGCCGACUUUGCCGUCUACCAAUCUAUCGAUAACGACGAAAGAACGGGAACACUUCCGUUGUCUCUCCCAGAUUCUCUGGUCAAGUUUAGGGAGGCUUUCGAGCAGCGCUCCAAUAUUGCGGCGUACCUGAAGGAGACACGACAGAGCUAA